UUUCCCGGCAGGCCGCGCGCCAACGCCGCCGGCGGCGGGACUGGGACUGCCGCGCUGGCCACGGGAGAGUGACCCCGUCAGCGUUGGUUCCAGUCGUGGCGAUGGCUUCGUUCGUGACGGAGGUUCUGGCACACUCGGGGAGGCUGGAGAAGGAGGAUCUGGGCACUCGGAUCAGCCGCCUGACCCGGCGGGUGGAGGAGAUUAAGGGUGAGGUGUGCACCAUGAUCAGCAAGAAGUAUAGUGAAUUCCUGCCUAGCAUGCAAAGUGCACAGGACCUGGUUACCCAAGUGGAUAAGCUAUCUGAGGACAUUGACUUGCUGAAAUCUAGGAUAGAGAGUGAGGUCCGCCGGGAUCUUCAUGUGUCAACUGCUGAAUUUACAGAUUUGAAGCAACAGUUGGAAAGAGACUCGGUAGUUCUGAAUUUGCUUAAACAGCUGCAAGAGUUUUCUUCUGCUAUUGAAGAAUAUAACUGCGCAUUAACAGAGAAGAAGUAUGUUACUGCUGCUCGGUGUCUGGAAGAGGCACAGAAAUGCUUGAAGUUACUAAAAUCCAGAAAAUGCUUUGAUUUAAAAAUGUUGAAAUCUCUCAGCAUGGAGCUCACAGUACAGAAACAGAACAUACUCUAUCACCUUGGAGAAGAGUGGCAGAAGCUGAUUGUAUGGAAGUUCCCGCCAUCAAAAGAUACCAGCAACUUGGAAUCUUGCCUACAAACAGAACUUCAUUUAUGCAUUGAACAAUCUCAGAAAGAAGAGAAGACUCCUGGGCCACCAAUCAGUUCAGUGCUCUUGGCAUUUUCUAUUCUUGGGGAGCUACAAAUGAAGCUUAAAUCAUUUGGUCAGAUGCUGCUGAAGUAUAUCCUUAGGCCUCUGGCAUCUUGCCCAUCUCUUUAUGCUGUGGUAGAAAGCCAGCCUAACAUCAUUAGUAUUCGUUUUGAAUCUGUGAUGACUGACUUGGAACAUCCAUCACCUUCUGAAGUUUUUGCAAAGAUCAGACUAGUACUGGAAGUGCUCCAGAAACACCUUCUAGACUGGACUGUGCACCCAUCGUUUGAGGAAUGGUUGAGCCAUACUAUGGUGCAUUAUGUAGCCAUGAAAAAGAAAUGAAGGAGACCUAGAUAUGUUGACUUGAGAUGGCCAUGGUCUACUUUGAAGUCAUAAAAAAGUUAAGUGUAAAAUCUAUGGCAUGAGUCCUUUUUUGUUGUUGUUGGCAUGAACCCAAUUUAUAAAAAAGAAAGCAGUCCCUUAUAUGAGGAUUGUGUUAGUUUGCUAACACAAUGCCACAGGCUGUGUGGCUUGAACAACAGAAAUUAAUUUUCUUCCACUUUUGGAGGCCAGAAGUUCCAAGAUCAAGGUAUUAGCAGAUUUGGUUUCUCCUGAGCCCUGUGUCCCUACCUUGCAGACAGCCUCUUACCGGUCUGUCCUGUGUAAGUGUGCAUCCUGGUGUUUCUUCUCUUCUUAUAAGGCCACUAGUCAUACUGGAUGAGGACCCCUCCCUUAUGACCUCAUUUAACCUUAAUUACCUCUUUAAGGCCAGACCCUAUCUCCAAAUCCAGUCACAUUGGGGGUUAAGGCUUCAACAUAUGAAUUAUCAGCGGGGAGAGUAUACAGUUCUGUACAAUUCAGUCCAUUUCAAGUAUGUGUGUGCAUUUGGCAAUUCAGAUGUGUGUGUGUGUGUGUGUGUGUGUGUGUGUGUGUGUGUAUGUUUGAUUCAUAUAUAUGUGUGUGUAUUUGGCAACUCAUAUAUAAAUAUAUGUAGUAUGAAUGUAAGGGAGGAAGAAGACAAACCAAACUUAACGUUGGUCACUUGGGCGUGGAGAGAGAAGCUUGUGGAUAUGGAGAGGGAAGAUUUGGCUUUUUCUUUAUAAACCUUGGUGGUUUGGGGCUUGUCAUAAUAAGCAAGUUUUGCUUUUGCCGUGAUGAUUUUCUAGAAAAUGUCAACUACAGAUUUCUACCAAGGAGCAGAAACUCUGAACAUACAAAUAACUCUAGAAGAAAUUUGAAAGAUUGUUAAAGACUUGCCACUAAAAAGGCUACCAUCAGGCACAGAAAGUUUAUGGCUAAAAAUUCUGUGGAUUCUUCAAAUUAUAGAUAAUGCCUGUGUUAAUCAAGCCCUUUUGGUCAAUAGAAAAAGUUGAUUAUGUCCUACUUAAUUUUUUAAAAGCCAGCAUAAACGUAAUAUGAAAAUGUACAUUUUGUGAUAGUUUACACAUAGAGAAAACACUAUAAAAUGAUUUUACUUUUGGCUUAUAAAUGUAAACAUUUACAAAAUAUAGUAAGUUAAAGCCAACAGUACUGUUAAAAAGGACACAUUGUUUAUUCUAGGAGUGCAAAGGUAGUUUAGCAUAAGAAACAUAUCAACCAGUUUAUUAUAUCAGCAUAUUAAAAGGGAUUAUAUCAUUAGAUAUGGCAAACAUUAUGACAAAAUUCAGUACCCUUUCCUAAUAAAAAACUAAGUAAAAUAAGAAUAGAGUACUUUUUAAUAGUGUGGUGAAAUAUUUAUGAUAUUUGCUGAAAAUGUCUCUUGUCUGUUUUAUUAUCUUCAAAAAAAAGCAGGUUCGUUUGUUUUGCUUUGUGUUAGUGAAUUGCAGUUACCAUUUAUUGUGAAAUUUAUGACGUAUUUUCUCCAGUCCCUCUUUGUUUUCCCUUUACUGUUCCAAUGAUUCUAUUGGCUUUUGCAUCUUCACUUAAUCCUGCAUCGGUAGUAUACCUUGUCCAUAGUUAUCUCCUUUAAACUUAGAGAAAUAAUUAUGUCAUAAUUAAAAUAGUUAUUUUGACUUAAUUGCCUUUUACAAUUUAUAUAGGUAUCAUUGCAACUUGUGCUGUAUGCAUAAAUAUUCAGAUAAACAUUACGGUGUUACAUUGGUGCAUAGUCAACAAAUAAUUGGAAUGGAAUGAAUCUGUUUACACCAAGUGGAUUGGUCAUGUGUGUGUGCAGUGCUGGAGGGGAUACGUGUGCCCGCCACAGACACAGCAAGUGUGACAAUAGCUGACGCGGCGCAAUGGUUAAAGUGAAAUGAAGUCUUAGCCAAACAACGAAGUUGUGUUUAAUAGAAAACUACACUUUUUUUUUUAACUUUAAAAUUUUUGUUCAAACAAUGUUCAGAGGUCCCAUGUCCCCUUCCACCAUCUUCCCCGGUGUUGACAUCUUGUAUACCUGUAGUACAAUAUCAAAACCAGCAAAUUGACUGUGGUCCGAUUCACAGAGCUGAUUCACAUUUCACCGGUUUUACCUGCAGUCAUUUGUAUGUGUGGAUAGUUCUGUGCAGUCUUAUCACGUGUGGAUCCACGUAGCCACCCCCACAAUCAAGAUACGGCACUUUGCUCUUGCCACAGGCUGCUCUGGGCGACCCCUUUAUAAUGACACACCCUCGCUUCCAUUUUUAAGCUGAAAUUGAAGUCAAUUAAAAAAAAAAUUAGUUCCUCAGUCACACCACCAUUCAAGUGCUCAGCAGCAAAGUGUGGCUGGUGGCUAUCAUAUUGGGCAGUACAGGCCUAGGCUUUAGACAUUGUAAGGUUCUCAAGGCUCUAAGAUAAUAUGCUCACUUUCUUUUAAGGUUCUUAUCCCCUAAGGUCUUCCUUGGUGAAUCAGAACCAGGUUAAAAAUAGCUGGUCUCUUUUCUGGUUCCUCUUCUCUCUACAUUGGUCCCUGAUUCUUCACUAUUAUUUAAUUAAUUAAUAGUUUAUUUUAAAUAUAACCCCAU